AUGUCCUCACAGGUUGCAAAGGCCGCCCGUCGGGUGACCCACGAGCUCCAUGGCAUAGUUGUAUCUGCUGGUCUGAUGCAAAAAACGUUCAUUUUCCUUAACUCACCCGGCCAAAAGUGGUUUGCAGACCCCAAGCACUAUCUCGUGCACGACCCCAACUCCUCAUUGCGUACUGGCGACGUUGUUUCCAUUGUUCCCGGCUGGCCGACAUCAAAACACAAGCGUCACGUCGUCAAGAAGAUCAUUGCGCCGUACGGAACUCCAGCCGAGGAGAGACCGCCGAUUCCCACAUUAGAAGAGCGGAUUGCUGAGCGGGAGGCCCAGCAAGCUGCCAGAAAAGAACGCAGGGCACGCGCCGGGGAAGAACAGAAGGAGUAA